UGGAGGUGCUUGCUUGCAGAAAUACAGGGAACCAGUGCUGAUAAUAUCCCGCAGGCGAAUAGGGUACACCUUGCGCCUCAUAGCGCAAUUUUUGUCCGGUGCUAUUUUGUAUCUAAUCUCCGAGGGUGCUGUCAUCCAGGAAGAAUUUGGAUACUAUUUAGUGAGCGUGCUCCGCCUAAUGUGAGUUUUUCGACCACGACUUGAAACAAGAACAAAAGCAAUGGGAGCAUUUGGAGUGAUAAUAUGGAUUUUACAUUAUAUGGGACUCUAUAUUCAAUUUAACGCCGCUUACAAACCGACUGUGCGAACCGAGGUGGACAAUCAUAUAUCUGGAAAUGCUCUCUUCACGGAGGUCCCUCAUGACACUACAACGCAUAGCGGUCAGGAUGUGGAGAUGGCCUGUUCAUUCCGAGGGGCGGGGCCCUCCUACUCCCUGGAGAUCCAGUGGUGGUACAUGAAGAACCACAGAGACUGGCCAGAGAAACCCGCCUGGACCUCCAAUCAGGUGGUGCCAAUGGAGGAGAUGUCUAAGGAUGCCACCAAAAUAAGUGUGGUGAAAGUGGCUGGGAGCAACAUCUCCCACAAGCUCCGCCUCUCCAGCGUCAAGCAGUCAGACGAGGGCACAUACGAGUGCCGUGUCAUCGACUUCAGCGGCAGCGUUGCGCAGCACCACCGCGUCCGGGCCUACCUCCAGGUGGAAGCCGAGAGAUGGCUGGGUCACGGGUCAGCAGACACCCAGCCCCAGGAGCCCCGACACAAGGGACAGGGGAGCCAGGUGCACCCCCACCAAACAGAGGACCGGGAACUGAAGAGGCGAUCGGCCGAUGACAGCACCACGGACUGCACUGAGAGCUGUGUGCUCUAGAGUCUGGUUCUGUGUCCGGAUAGGAAUAACAGGAGUGCAUGUUCCCGAUUUAUCUUAAGAAGGAUGAUUAUUUUUACACCAGCAGAGGCCUGGACAAAAACUGCUUAAUUUAUGUUAAUUUAUGAAUCGAUUUGUUUGGUUGUUUGUUAAUCUGAGAUUUGUUUAUGUUUGUUUGAAUUCGGGUUGUCACAGACCACCAGAGGGCAUGAUCGUGUUGUCUUGGUUCUUAAAUGUAAUGUUAUUUCUCAUCGCCUUUGUUAAAUGCUUUGUCCAUGAUUUCUGACUCUGGAGUUGUGAUGGGUGAAGAUGAGGGUGUCGUUGGGAGGAAAGGAUGCGGGGAAGGCCUGUAUCUCAAUUAGUAUGAAGUAUCUUCCUUCCUUUGUCUCCUUUCCUUAAUAAGCACGGAUCUGAAAUGAAUGGAAAGGACAAAGCAAUAUAUACUUUCGGGCUCUUGAGUGGCGCAGUGGUCUAAGGUUAAAAGGUUAAAUAAAUAAAACAAUUAAAAUACUGAACAAAAAUAUAAACGCAACAUGGAACAAUUUCAAAGAUUUUAUUGAGUUACAGUUCAUAGAAGGAAACCAGUCAAUUUCAUUAAAUUCAUUUGCUCUAAUCUAUGGAUUUCACAUGACUGGCCAGGGGCGCAGCCAUGGGUGGGCCUGGGAGGGCAUAGGUCCACAAUCUUGGGAGCCAGGUCCACCCAGUGGGAAGCCUGGCCCAGACAAUCACAAUGAGUUUUCCCCCACAAAAGGGAUUUCUUACGAUCCCGCAGGUGAAGAAGCCAGAUGUGGAGGUCCUGAGCUGGCAUGGUUACACUUGGGCUGUGGUUUUGUGGCCAGUUGGAUGUACUGCUAAAUUCUCCAAAAUGAUGUUAUGGCUUAUGGUAGAGAAAUUAACAGUACAUUCUCUGGAAACAUCUUUGUUGGAUAUUCCUGCAGUCACCAUGCCAACUUGAGAUAUCUGUGGCAUUGUGUAGUAUGACAAAACUGUACAUUUUAGAGUGGCCUUUUAUUGUCUCUAGCACAAGGGGCUAGUGUAAUGAUCAUGCUGUUUAAUCAGCUUCUUGAUAUGCCACACCUGUCAGGUGGAUGGAUUCCUGCUCUUGGCAAAGAAUAAAUGCUCACUAACAUGUAAACAAAUGUGGGCACAUAAUUUGAGAGAAAGACACUUUUUUUUUGCAUACAGCAUGAAUCAUUUCUGGGUUCUUUUAUUUCAGCUCAAGAAAAAUGGGGCCAAAACUUUACAUGUUAUGUUUACAAUUUGUUCAGUUUAGUAGCUACCAACCCAGGUAUUUCUGUAUCUGAAGUUAUGAAUUAAAGGAGACAAUUAGAGGAAGUGAUUCAGGAGUAUUUAGACCCCAUAGUUCAUCGAAAGAUACAUAUUGCUCUCGGUGACAUACACUUUGAAAUACCUUGUUUCUUAAUGGUCUUUAAUGAAUGGAAACAUAUUCCAAAAAAAGCGACAGUAUUUACAUGUAAAUAACACUUUUAAUUGAUCAAGCUCUGUGAAAGGACUUUGAAGGUUGUUCUUUGGUUUGUACUUACAUUUUGCUUUGAUGUUUUGUAAAAAAAAAUCUUGAUCGAAAUGUGUAACUUUCUAAACCACUUCUAGAAUAUCCAACGUAAACCCAAACAUACAUGUAUGCCUUCAUAACAUUGAAUAAAUGGUAUAUUAUCUCCACACUGUACACACACACUUUUCCUAUCAGCACGACACAAGGUAUCAAGUGCUAAUUAACCAAAUUAAUCAUUGCACAAUAUGGGCCAGUUUCCCAGCCACAGAUUAAACCUAGUCCUGGACUAAAAUGCAUUUUUAAUGGAAAUUCUCCAUUGAGAAUGAUUGUUAGUCCAGAACUACGCUAAAUCUGUCUGGGAAACCUGCCCUGAGAGUAUGUUAAUUCUAGCUUUUUUGUCUCAACUAGCGCUGGGUCUUUUUUCGUGCAAUUAUUUCGUCAAUGGAGUUAAAAUGACAAGUUGUGUUUUUUAAAUAUUUUUUAAAAUCUUCUCACCCUUCUCUUCUUGACUGUAUUUGUUCUUCAAUCUAAGUGAUGCUGUUUGAUAGCUAUUCUGUUAAAUACAUUGAUUUGAUGGAGAAAAAAAAACCUUUGGUCUUUGGAAUGAUUUUUUUGUUUAUUGUUCAGUUACAGGACUAUGAUGUCCGCGUGAUCUCCUGUCAGAGAAAAAUCGUAUGCCAAAAAUCAAAACAUUUCAACACGAUAGUUCAUGAAACAGUUGUAUCUCAAUGGCGGUAUUGAAUGCAUGACAGGGCAUUCUGUUCUUUUACAUCUGCUUUGCUAUGAUCAGGAAUCUACCAGAAAAUAAUUUUUUGAAGCAUCUACAGUAACAUUAAGAACCCCCCCUUUCCCUCAGAACAGUCUUAAUUCGUUGGGGCAUGGACUCUGCAAGGUGUCGAAAGUGUUCCACAGGGAUGCUGGUCCAUGUUGACUCCAAUGCUUCCCACAGUUGUGUCAAGUUGGCUGGAUGUCCUUUAGGUAGUGGACCACUCGUGAUACACACAGGGAAAACCCAGUACUGUAGGCAGUUCUUGACUCCAACCUUAUUGAUGUCACUUGUUAAAUCCACUUCAAUCAGUGUAGAUACGGGGAAGGUACCAACUACAGAUAACAAUCUACUUAAGCCAUGAACUCACCAGUAGUGUUCAGUGCAGAGAGCCUUGUGUUCCUCAGUCGACGGCGUGUCCUGUCUUUUUCCUUUCAAUAGUGAAAAGGUAACAAGGUGUGUAAAGUAAUGUAUUCAAGUAAAAAUGUGUGAACACCAUAGAAUAGAAGACAGGCAAUUACUGUUACACAUUUUAUUAAUCUUUUUUCAAAGAUUCUCCAAUGGUAAUAGAUAGUAGGGACAACAAUUCAUAUUUUAACUUAGUCAAGUUGGUUUUAACAUACAAUGCAUACAACCAUGGAAUUAUACUAUGUGGGGUUAUAAGAUAGGUUUAGUAGAAGGGUUACAAGCCACAAUAAACUUGGAUUAAUUUAACUAUUUCUCAUUGUCUGUUUGUUCGUAGCAGAUUGGGAUACAGUGCGCUGCUGCCACCUAUAGGGCUAAAAAUGAAUUACAAUUACUGAUGCACUUCUCUUGAACAGAUGAUAGAAGUCCAUGUAACACUAUCUAAUCACCUGACUCCUACCUAUUCUCCUUUUCACAGUGAUACAUUAAAUGCAAUGUGUGAUUUUAAUGCCUUUGUUAAUAUUUAACAAACACACACACGUCCUAUAUCAACUUUGAUUCAACCAGUGGGGAACUUCUAAUCUUUUCCACGAUGGUGGCUGUUAUUCAAUUGGACAAUGGAAUAAGUAUUAUACCGAUCGUCAGUGGCCGUACUCAACUACAAUACUCCAACAAAUGUUUUAGCGUAAGCCAAGCGUUGUAUGUAAGCGGGACCCAGUUUGUUUAGAAAGGACUUCAUGCUCAAACACGAAGCAGCUCCUUUCUUCAGCACCAUGUCAAUGACGUCACGUGCAUUCUCUUCCCUCACACAAAUCCCCUUCACUGCUUUCACAUCAUUGGCAAUAAUCCCUUUCUGUUACAGAAGUCCAUCCAGCAAAACAUCAAUAACAGGCUUUGACACUCAAGCCACAAACUCCUUCCCCACAGAGCGCUGUUGUUUCUCUGCAGAACUCAGCUGUUCCUUUGCUGAAUCACUCUCAGCCUGGAAGAGGUAGAAUAUGCCUCUGCAAAAACUAAAGGGUUACCCUGCCACAGCAGUGCGUCUUGAUCCAUAUUAGUCAGUUAGUGAGUUUAAUAACGUCAAACAUGGAAUGAUACAAAACUGAUAACAGCGGUUCGCAAUCAAGGGAGUAAUGAAGUUCAGGUGUGACUGUUGAUGCUGUGACGCAGGUGUGCGUAAAGAUAGGUUGCCAGGACCAGUGGUUAGCAUACUGGUGAUGCCGCAUGCCGGAGCAGAUGUGACAAUUGUUGUGACAGAACACUGAGACAAUCACAGUGCAACUAGAGAACAUACCAAUCGACUAUAUCCAUCAGUAAUUUCUACUUUUUGCUCUUUCCAGAUUCAUUUGGAUGAUUAAUUUAAUCAAAUGUUCUUGCAGCUUUUUCUCCUUUGUCUCACUCCUCCUAAUGCCCCUUCUGUGGCUUCCUCAACUACUCCAGCCUGUAAACCAGCUACUGUCCGACCUGCUACUCUACCUGAUGCACCAUUCCCUAUUUAAACUACCCCUCGUAGUUUAACUGAUGUCCCUCCCAAAAUUGCAACCUUUUCUCUGUCCCCAGCCAUCUUAUCUUUCCCAUUUUGCCCCCAUACAUAUGGCUUCCUUGUUUCUGUCUGGGAUCACUAAUCUAACCACCUGUAAUGUAUACCUUUCAGCUCCCAGGUCUUCUACCACCUCUAAACGUACCAAUUCCAAUCCUGCUGCCCCAGCAGCAACUCUACCUGCUGCCCCUGCAUCUCUACCUGAACC